AUGGCCCGCUCAGCGGAGCUUACAUCCGCCAUACGUGAGCGUAUAUGCGAGCUCCACGCUAUUAAAUGGGGAUAUAAACGUAUUCAAAAGCGUUAUCCCUAUAUCCCACUAUCUACAAUUCGAUAUACAAUUAAGAAGGAGCAUGAACGACGAGAAGGUGUCUCUAAGGCACGCUCUGGUCGGCCAAAAAAGCUCUCUGACGCAGAGAAAGACCGAAUUCUCGAGGCUAUUCAUGGUAAUCCAAGAAUUACACGUGAAGAUCUACUCGCUGAGGUUGACCAUAAGGUGAAAAUUCGUUCGAUUCAACGCCUUCUAAACGCUGAGAACCUCCGGAAGUGGCGCUGUAGUUGGCGACCAUACUUAACUGAGGAGAAUGCCACGAAACGACUUCGAUGGGCCUACCGAUAUCGACACUUUACGCCUGAGGAUUGGGCCCGAGUUUUCUGGUCUGAUGAGUGUACGGUUGAACGUGGAAUUGGUGUCCGCCGGGAGUGGACUUUUACUCGUCCAAGAGACUAA